AUGAAACGAAGUGAAAGUCGUGUUCGUUUGAUAAGAACCGUGCGGAAGGAAUGGGAGGCAAUUGCGGGAUGGGGACCUUUUCCGUCACCCGCGGGAAAGCGGCGAUUUGGAGGGAUCCUAGACGAAAUGUCUCAUAUGCCCCUCAAACAUUUCCAAAUUCCAUGCAUUGAAACCGAAAAUUUGGCUACUAUGCAUCUGAAUGGUACUCAUGUUCGUGUGAGAGUACCAAGAACAGAUGCUCCGAGAUUUCGUGGAAGAAAAGAUUGGCCAACUCAAAAUGUGUUUGCCGCAUGUGACUUUGAUAUGAAAUUCACAUACGUUCUAGCCGGGUGGGAAGGAACAACAUCUGAUUCUAGAAUCUUAAAAAAUGCUCUUGAUCGAGAUGAUCCGUUGGUUAUCCCCCAAGGUAAGUACUAUCUUGGCGACGCUGGAUUUAUGCUUAAAAGUACGAUAAUGACACCAUAUAGAGGCGUGCGAUAUCACCUUAAAGAAUUCACACGCAAAGGACCACAAAAUGCACGCGAGCUCUUUAACCAUAGACAUUCAUCAUUGAGAAAUGUUAUAGAAAGAACAUUUGGUGUGUUGAAGAAAAGGUUUCCUAUCAUUGCAAGUGGCACUGAACCACAUUAUGGAUUGGAGACAAUGACAAACAUUAUUUUAACUUGUUGUAUCCUACACAACUUUAUCCGUGAAGUUGAUAACGAUGACCCAUUGCUUAAUGAGGUUGAUAAUGACUUAAAUGAAAGGGAAGAGCAUAAUGUGUCAUCUUCUCAAGUUCGAGAAGAUGAUUAUAGGGUUGGUAGUACUAUUAGGGAUGCCAUAGCUGAUGAAAUGUGGCGAGAUUAUCAAAAUUCAUAG